AUGACUGGGUCCAUCGUCUGGACUGCGGCUGUGACUUGCUCCUCUCUGGAUGCUUCGGAUGACUUGGACAGCUGAGAGUGGCUAGCUGUCAGCAGAGCUCUGGUGUGUUCCAGCCGCUGGCUGUGCCCGGGACCCUGUCUGCUGACAUCUGGCGACAUAUUUUGGAUGGAGCGGUCGUGAUCCGGCUCAGACGUCCUUGCGCUGAUUCGCUCUUAAAUACCAAAGACUGGAGAUUCGAUCCUGGUCCACGUACAUAGCACUUACCUCAGCUCGAGAUGAAUGCCAACAGUAUGCCUAAACAAGUGGAGGUGAGGAUGCACGAGAGUCACCUGGAGCCCAUUGAGGCCAGGCCCCAGUCGAAAUGUGCCAAAAUCUGCUCCAAACUGUUCAAGAACCUGCUGCUCACGCUCACCGUCCUCGGUGUGAUCCUGGGAGCCGUAGCAGGGAUGCUGCUUCGCGUCGCUUCCCCGAUCCACCCAGAUAUCAUCAUGGUGAUCGCUUUCCCCGGAGACAUCCUGAUGAGGAUGCUUAAGAUGUUGAUCCUGCCACUCAUCAUCUCCAGUUUAAUCACAGGUCUGGCCGGCCUGGAUGCCAAAUCUAGUGGGCGCCUCGGCACCAGAGCUAUGGUCUACUACAUGUCCACCACUGUUAUUGCUGCUAUCCUGGGAGUCAUCCUGGUGUUGGUCAUCCACCCCGGCAACCCCAAACUGAAGGAGAAUCUAGGCGAGGGCAUGAAAAAUGACGAGGUGUCCAGCUUGGAUGCCUUCUUUGAUCUGAUCAGGAACUUGUUCCCGGAGAACCUGGUGCAGGCUUGUUUCCAACAGAUCCAGACUGUCACAAAGAAGGUGGAGGUGAUCGUUGAGGAGGACGUCAACGCCACCACCAUGGAGGGCCUCGUGGCUAACAUUACCAAGGAGCCCCAGUUCAUCAUCAAAAAGUCACUACAGUUCAAAAGUGGCAUGAAUGUUUUGGGUCUGAUUGGUUUCUUUAUUGCAUUUGGCAUCUGCAUGGGCAAGAUGGGGGAGAAGGCCAGACUCAUGCUUGAAUUCUUCAAUAUCCUCAAUGAGAUUGUGAUGAAAAUUGUCAUCAUGAUCAUGUGGUACUCUCCGUUCGGUAUUGCCUGUCUGAUCUGUGGCAAGAUCAUCUCCAUCAAGGACCUGGAAGUUGUGGCCAGGCAGCUGGGCAUGUACAUGGUGACCGUGAUCAUUGGCCUCAUCAUCCACGGAGCAAUCUUCCUGCCUAGCAUUUACUUUGUUAUCGUCAGGAAAAACCCCUUCACCUUCUUCAUGGGUAUCUUCCAGGCAUGGAUCACUGCCCUGGGGACAGCCUCCAGUGCCGGCACACUGCCCGUCACCUUCCGUUGUCUGGAAGAGAAUUUGGGUAUUGACAAAAGAGUCACUCGAUUUGUGCUCCCGGUCGGUGCCACCAUCAACAUGGACGGAACCGCUCUGUAUGAGGCUGUGGCUGCCAUCUUCAUUGCCCAGAUGAACGGUAUCCACCUUGACCCUGGUCAGAUUGUCACCGUCAGUCUGACAGCCACCUUGGCCAGUGUUGGGGCUGCCAGUAUUCCCAGUGCCGGCCUCGUGACUAUGCUGUUGAUCCUGACUGCUGUAGGCCUGCCAACCCAAGACAUCAGUCUGCUGGUUGCUGUUGACUGGCUGCUGGAUCGAUUCAGGACCUCCGUGAACGUGGUGGGCGACUCCUACGGUGCGGGCAUUGUGUACCACAUGUCAAAGGCUGAGCUGGACGAACUGGAUGCGCACACGGCCAAAACCGACGACAUCGAAAUGAUGACGAAGACCCAGUCCUACUACGACGACAUGAAGAACCACCACGAAAACAAUUCCAACCAGUGCGUCCUAACCGAAACCGCUAGCACUGAUGCUACUACCGCCACUGCUAACAAUUCUGUCGUAGUAGAUGAGUGCAAGGUAACCUCAGCCACUAACGGCUCUGCUGCGGAGUGCACGCUUGUUGAGGAGGAGCCAUGGAAACAUGAAUAAUGGCAGCACAGAGAUCCCCUGCUCCUGGGCUCCACAAGCUUUCCUAUCCGGUGAUAAAAAAAAAAAAAAAAAAAAAAGAAGAAAAAAAGAGUGAAUGAAAAGUCACAUGAACAGAACUACUAAUUGUUAUUAUUUUUUUUUUACAUAGUUUAGUUUUCUUUUCUUUAUUAGUCCCUUUAAAGUUUUUUUUUUGUAACUGUCUACCUGACUGAUUUAUAAUACUAAUUCACUUAACCGUGAAACGAUAACAGAGGUAUACCUCACCUGUUAGAGCUCAGUUAUGUCCUGUACAGCAGAUACUUGCACAACAUUCUUCGAGGCUUGGGGGGAGAGGGGGAAGGGGAGGUAAGGAGAGGGUUAGAUAAGCUAUAUGUUAGCAAUACAUUUAUACGUAGAGAGAAGACGUGGCCGCGCGGCGUGGGGACGCGCUGAGACCAUCUUCCAAGUUCCAUAAAGGUGAUUCAUUAUUCUAAUACCGGAUCACGAGUGGGAGCUGGAGCGUCAGUCAAAACAGCCGACGUAAUUUAUACCUGAACUUCCCUGCUUUGCAGCCCCCGCCAGUAGCAAGGCGCGCGCAAGCCGCUGCCAUUUUAUUUUUCUUCUCUCGUCUAAGAACGCGGUUAUAUUUAAAGAGCACACUGUCCAGUAUUGGCCGCUCUCCCUGAGCUCUUGCAAAUUGAUGAAAGUGUAAAAUGAGAACAUGAAGAACCACACUCGAAUCACAAAGCACAAAAAAAAAUAUAUACAAUAGAGCCCGUUAUUUUUUUAUAUAUAUCCGCCAUUUUGCUUUCCCUUUUCCUUUCUGUCCAUUGUGAAGAAAAGGGACUUUUUUCUGUGUGUCACCGGAUGAGUGAGACGAGUAAAAACCAAUUUCUGUGUGUGUGAUGAAGAGAGAGAGAAGAAGAGAUAGGGUUAAAAAAAAAACAACAAAAAAACAUGACCAAGUCAACUACAGGGACCAAACAGGCAGAAAGUCAGUGAACCCACAAAGGCCUUUGACCGCCUUAACGUCACUUGCAACACAUUUGUACGUUUCCUGACAUUUCUAAGUUUUUGUUUUCACGAUAAAGCCUCAAAACUCAAUGCUAAAAACUGCCAUAAGUACAAAACUUCAACACCCCCGACCCCUCCAAAACAACUUACAGUUUUGAUGCAAAUUUAAAAGUACUUCCACAAUUCCAUUUACAAAGACGAUUUACAAAUGAAAAAAACGGAUAUGCCUGAAUAAACCAUAGCACAGAUAAGUGAUUAGGUAGAGCACAAUUAAAGAUAAAGAGCACAAAUGAAGCUAAGACGCCAAUACGGUUGAUUUUUGAGUGUCGACAUUGAUCGUACUUAAAAGAAUAAAACAAAAAGAAAGAAAGAGAGCAAAAGACACUCAGGCUUGUAUGUUUACUCCUUUAACAGGGAAAAAAAUCUAAAAUUUUAAAAUGUUUACUUGCUCACCGGAGCUUCUCACAAUGUCACAAAAAAAAAGGCCUUCAGAACAGCACAACGUUUAAAACCUUUUGAUUAGAAGUGAAAUUGUCCACGUUCCAGCGGUUUAAUGAUCCCAGCAUCCGAAAGCACAAACACAGAUAUUAUUGAACACUAAAAGAAGCACACGAAAUGAAUCGCCAGAGACAUUUAAAAUAGCGAUAAUGAUAAAAAAAAAAAAAGCUUCUCAGACAGAUUCUUGGCUUCGAACAGAGACAGAUGAUCGACGGAACACUUUUUCGGUGGUAGAGGCUCGCCAGCUUCCUGUUUAGCCAGACCUAAAAAGGGAAAAACAAUAUAUGUUUGCCGCCAGAGCUCAAGACUGUUUCUACAAACCCUAGAUGCUGCAGCCGUGUGUCCAUAUUACCGAGAAGGCAUUUCAAGGAAGCUCAGAGCAGAUCAGUGGACACACAGGCGUUAUUGCCAGAAUGUCGCCAACUAUCAGGCGAUAAGAUCAUAAUAUCCUCACAGAACCAAAUUACUUUUAAAAAACAACAAAAA